AUGACCAGCGACUAUGCCCGCAAAGCCCUGCUGACACAUGCUCAGCAGUUUGCUCGACCGCCCUCUCCUAUAAUGGAGGAGUCACCGCCACCUGUGCCACCAAAGGACCGUGUCAACUACUCUACCAGUAUGAACGGCAGCCGACCACCGAGUGCGCCUGCAUCUGGCUCGAAGAGGAAGCGUGAGGCGCAAGACGACACCGUGUACAACGAGCGAGACGGUCGGCUUGAAGUGGCCGACCAACAAGGGCAGGGCACACCCAAGCGGUCACGUUCGAGCCACGCGGGCGUGAGCGACGGCGAUAUCUCCACCGACACCACCCCGUUGGCACAGCGCGGACUCCGCCGUAAGAAGGGCAGCCGCAACUUGUCAAAUCUCAACCUCCGUCAUGAAGCAUCCCUCCAAGCACUACCGCAACGACAACCGUCUCCAUCACGCGAGUCGAAGUUUCAAGAAGGCAGCCUGAACGACAAGCCCAGUGACAAGCCGCCGAGCAUGUACACGCGUUUCACACGCACGGACAGCGGCAACCUCAUGAUGGUCGACGAGCUCAUGUCCGACUACCACAAUGGCAUGCCGACACCGAGGGAAGACAACAUCGAGAAGACCAUACAGUAUGAGAAGGAUACCAGGGAUGAGCGGGUGGCUGAGAUCACUGCUCGGCAGAAGAAGGACGAGAGCGGUGGCAUCUUCAGGUUCGGCAAUUCAUUCACCUCUGGAUUCAAUCCCAUCAAGCUAUGGAAUCGCAUGUGGGGAGAACAGAGAGAGGAGCUUAUACGCCAGAACAUCGCAGAAGCUGAGCGUAAAGCCAGACUGAAGGCAGCCGCCGAAGCCAAGUAUGCGCAGAUGAAGAACGCCGGUCAACUUCCAGGACAGCACAUCACCUUUGGUCAGCCACAUGACUCCGCUAUCGAGCUCGAAAGCAGUAUACCGCAGUCAGUGGAAGAGUAUCGAGAUGCAUCAUUCAGCUCUGCUCUUCGCCCUUGCCACGACGAAGAAGACACACGCGCGGGCAGCGAAGUGACAGAGAGUGUUUCGAAGCCUUUGCGGGCUUUCAAGUCACGCUUGCAUCUCAGAAAGCCUUCUUUGCAAAAUCUCAAGGAUGGACUGAAGCGAACCAAGUCUGAGUUCAAUCUCGGUGCCGUGGCAGCUUCCCGCGAGUCGUCGUCCUCGGCGUCUCCCACGAAGACGGAGUUUGAGAACUCGGCGUUGAAGAGAUCGGUAUCCAAAUACGAUCUCAAGAAGCAGCACAAGCUUACCAAGCGCGUGAGCGACCUCGAGACGAAGUUGCAGAAGGCGCGAAGUGAACUCGAUCAAGCUCUUGUCGAUGCGUCACCUGCACCAAGAUUGAACGGCAAGUAUCAACGCUUCUCUCCCAACAGCACGAUUCGAAAGCCCAAGUUCGUCCCGGGUGCGCUCCCAACUCUGCCUAGCGGGCAGGUUCUGUUCCCAGAAGAGCUUGGCUUCAGAGGCGACGAAGAGAACAUAGCACGUUUUGCUUCCGAGCCGCGACCAAGGAAAGCCCUCGAUCUAAGUGAGGCGUUUGACGAUAUCGACGGUGAGGACAUAUUCCGAGAGACACGUGCGAAGCCGCGGACACGUGUUGAUGAGAGGCAUGAAGAACGAAAGAGUAACGAGAUGAACCAGGAGCAACACCUGUCGAAUAUUGACAACGGCAACGAGACUUACGAACACGAAAACGGCUCCGAAAUUAACAACAAGAAUCCCGAACCAACUAACGCCCUGGCCGAACCCAACGGGGUGGAAGACAACCGCAUGAAUAGCUCUGCCGUCCAGAGCGCUACGGAACCAUCAAAGACAGAGACAAAGACCCAUCAGGAUCUGAACGAGAAACUAAAGGCACUUGAUGCCAACGUCAAACUGACGAAGAAGUCUGCCAAGUCCAAGAAGCGAAGUACAAUGCACGAUGAUGAGAAGACAUUCCAACCAGGCGGUGCCUCUGACGACGAUGCCGAAUGGGACGAAGCGACGCAGAAGCCAAAAAAGAAGCGCAAGUCCACCAGCAAGGCAGAGGCCACUACUCGCACCACACGCGGCAAGCAGAAGUCGCCUGAUGGCAAGAAGAGCAAUGCGAACAAGGCCUCGCCCAAGAACAGGAGAUCCAGUAUUCCUGUUCCCGCUUCGCCGAUCCAGGUCAAGGUCGAUGUCGUCGACGGCAGUGAAGAUGAGCUUGCUAAGUCCGCUUCGGCGCGCAAUAGUGUUGCGUCCGAAGACAAGACUCUUGAGCCCGUCUUCGAGGAGGAGGAAGAGACUGCAGAUACCUCAGCAGGCGCGGCAUCCAAGCCAGCUGAUGCCACUACCGCUGCUCGUUUCGGACGACAUGCUGUACGCUCUCGAAGCGCCAGUCCUCAGAAGCGCUCAGAGCCAGUGACAUCAGAAGAGCGAAUGAUCUCUCGUGCUGCAGUCGCCGCCCAGAGGAAGCGUCCCAGUCGUUCCGCUAGUCCACCUCCCAGGGGUGGCCUUAGCCAGAAUCGGCGCGCCGAUGAGGUUGUCACCGUGGUACCAGGGAAGGACGGUGUGCCAAAGCUACCCCGAGGUGCUAACGGCAGUUUCGAAAGUCUUGCCAACGCCGCCGAUGUCGAGAUCCUGAAGAAUGCAGAGGACCUACACAAGAAACCGAGCUUCGAGUGGCCAGCGGACGUUUUCUAA